ACACUUUUCCAAGUUGCAUUUUCUAGCUGCGUAGGAAGUUCAACUGGUGUCGGAUGUAACCUUCAUGAAAAUCUAUUUAAAUUGGCGAAAAAAACAUGAAACGACUGACUGAGCGAGUCCACCACGAGGAGAUCGAGUCCGAGGAAGUGGUCUGGGUAAAACGGGAGGAUGCCAGGUCCUCCAGCAAACUGCCCAUUGUCUAUUCCAAAAAGUAUGCGGUGCGUUUCGCUGGCCUUGAACGUCUGCACCCAUUCGAUGCGGCCAAGGGCAAGCACAUUCAGAAGAUCCUAUGCACCGAACUUAACCUGAAUGACGGCAGCUUCUACGAGCCCAAGGAGCUGACCAAAGACCAACUGCGUCGCAUCCACACCCGGGACUAUUUGAGGUCCCUCGAUUGGAGCAUGAAUGUGGCCUGCAUUGCCGAAGUGCCGGUGAUGGCCUUUGUCCCAAAUCGAUUCAUCCAAAGCUCUUACCUACGACCCAUGCGUUUCCAGGCCGCCGGCUCUAUUUUGGCCGGUAAACUAGCCUUGGAUUAUGGCUGGGCCAUUAACUUGGGUGGAGGUUUCCACCACUGCUGCUCGUACAGAGGCGGCGGCUUCUGUCCGUAUGCGGACAUUUCGCUCCUCAUCAUCCGGUUGUUUGAGCAGGAGCCAUUCCGUGUGCGCCGCAUCAUGAUCGUCGAUCUGGACGCCCACCAGGGCAACGGACACGAACGCGACUUCACCAACGUGGCCGCUGUCUAUAUAUUGGACAUGUACAAUGCCUUUGUGUAUCCAAAGGAUCACGCGGCCAAGCAGAGUAUACGGUGUGCCGUUGAGUUGCGACACCACACCGAAGAUGCAUUCUAUCUGCGUCAGCUUAGCCGUUGCCUGAUGCAGUCCCUCGCGGAGUUUCGUCCGGAUGUGGUCAUUUAUAAUGCAGGGACGGAUGUUUUAAAGGGGGAUCCUCUCGGCAACUUAUCCAUAACCCCAGAAGGCGUUGUAGAGCGGGAUCGUUUGGUGUUCAGCACAUUCCGCACUCUACGAAUUCCUGUGGUUAUGCUGCUAAGCGGAGGUUAUUUGAAGGAGUCCGCCGGAGUCAUUGCCGACUCCAUUGCCAAUCUCCGGCAACAGGGUUUGCUUGAUUAAAUUAUUAAAAAUAAGAAUUUUGUAGGCGUAUUGUCAGGGUGAAAUAUUUGCCAAUUGUUGAAUGAUAACUAAGCUGAAGGACUGGAGCAACUGGGAGCUGUGAAAGAAACCAAGUUAACUGAUUUGUUUGAAACAUAUCAAAGAUAGAAAUUAUUAUUUACACCUUAUAAAAAUUUAUUAAUCUUAUUUAUUUAGUCGUUCAUUAGGUUAAAUAUAAUUAUUUGUCUUAUAUGAAGUUAUGAUUUCAGAUCAAUAAGUUCAGUUGCAAAAUAUGCAGAAGGUAUAUAAAUAUUUCCAUUUAUUUAGGGCUUAUACUCAAUAUUUAUGAAUGUCAAUAUUUGUACAGACAUCUCUUCCUUGGCAUUCUUAGAGGUUCAAUUGAUUUUUUUUAGUUAACUCUAUGUACAAUGCAGAGCGGGUCGUGAAAUGUUGAACAAGAUUUUAAAAUGAGACAGUAUUGGUUAAAUGUCUACACAUAUUAUACAAUAUAGUCGCUAGAGGCUAACUUUAAUUGUUUAAAAUACAAAAAUAUAUAUAAAUAAAUGUGUUGCUUAUUGAUUUAAAUUAGA